CCAUAGCAUUUUCAAAAUAUUUCGUUAAUGUUACGUCAAAAAUAGAAAAAACAUAGUUAAAAUCAUGUUAAAAUUGAAUUAACGGAAACGAUUUUUACGCGAAAAAUGUUAUGUUCUUACACAAACACUUUGUGCGUUACCAUUAAUAACUUAUUGUGAAAGUAAAUGCUUGAUUUCACAUUGUUUCCGCCGACAAAAUAUCUACAAGAACUUUGUAGAAAAAUUCUUGAAAACAGUGCUUUAAUGUAAUCGUGACUAUAAACAAUGGAGACCCAUGAUAGCGCCGACUACGGGUUACAAACCAAAGGUCAAGAAACAUCACGUAAAGGGCAUCGUAAGAGAAACAAAGUAUCAAAUUUACACGCUCGUUUAUGCCCAAAUUUCGACUUAAGAGACACUUUAAUACCGGAAAAAGACAAUCCGUAUGCAAACACAUAUCUUCAAAGGCAUAGUCAAGAGGAAUUAGAUCCGAAAACAAUGGAUUUUGCUACUUUAGUAACAUUUUUGCAUCCCACAUUUAUUAAGGACUACCUCCGGAAAAUACUAAAUUUUUUUAAAACUAACCUAUGCGAAAUGAGUUUUCCCAACAUCGCACCGCACAAGGAAGAGUUUCUCGUAAGAAUAGCUAAGGAUAACGUAUUUUUGAAAUGCUCAAAUUUCACUGCAGAAUGCCAAAGAACUGGACAAGAAAUACUUAUGAUUUUACAUCAAAAUAGGCACUAUUACAAAUGGGAAUAUUAUUAUGGAGGCGGAAUAUGCUUAGACAAUGUGUUGGUGUACAAAAAACAGCUUUUGGACCAAACGAAAAAUCCGCAAGAGAUAAAUAGCUUAUCAAAGUGCAUGUCUUCAACACCCCAAACCUUGGCGUCAACUCUUGAAGAUCUUACCUUGGAAAGCGGAGUGGUACUACAGAAAACGUCAAAAGCAAUAAUCGAAAAUAACUGUAAAACUGUCGAUGUAAAAUUGUCAACAAUUUCCAACUCCACAACUUCUUCCGACUCUUUACAAGAAUGCAUUAAGGCGGAAAAAGACUUCCAAGCCAAGCGCAAAUUAAUACAAAGUCUGUCUGAGACUUUCAUAAAAGCUUCGUUAACUGAAGUGUUAAACUUCCUUGAAGAUGAACAACGGGCUAGCUUGGAGUUCAAACAUAUUACUGCUUCGGAUUCCAGAUUUCUUCAACUAGUCACGACUCUAGCUCGCGAUAAGGAAUACCAUCGGCUGUUCCACGAAGAUGUAGCAGCGAUACUCAAGGAAAUCGCAUUGAGUCGACGCAAGAAAGAUUACACACUCAGUACUGAUGUCGGAAAGGUCGAUAAGUGGACUCUUUUGAGAGAUUUGUUAAUGUACAAAACGCCGAUAUAUAGACGCAGCGAAACUCCUCGAACACCGUCGUCAAAGCGAUGUGAAAAUUCGCAACUACCUAUAUCCAGUACAACAAACAAAGAAGACAAUUCAAGAAAAAUACAAUGCAAAAAUAAAACCAAUAACUUGGAAACAAAUAGUUGUAAUUCUGAAUCAAAAGACGUUGCGAGCGUACAGAGUAUAGAAGUAACCAUUAUAUCCAACGCGAGAAAAGUCAAUUCUGUCACUACUGGUGAUGGUACACGGUCUCUUAAUAAAGAUGCAAGACCACCUAUAAAAAAAGGCAUAGCAUUCCAAAGCGCCGGAGUUCAAGUCGUGGAUACAAUGCAUGCAGAGGUGGAGCAGUGUGUCGAGAUUAGCCGUUUGACAGGGUCCACGAGAAAAAACAGACUGAUUGAAGCCAUGAGCACACCCAUGGAGAGUGGUAUAGCUGAAAGAAUGAUGCGCCGAAUGGGGUGGGAAGGAGGCGCGUUGGGGGUUCGUGGGGAGGGCAUCACCGAACCUCUCAUGCCACCUUUGCACAUUUCCCCAGGGGCUGGCCUAGGUCAUGUAAAAACAAAACUACCCAGCCGUUCAGCAGCAGGGUUCCGCAUAAUAUUCCUUCAACAUUUGCUGUCGUGGAUAUUAACGGGUGGGAGAGAGAAGACGAUAAAAAUAGGCCCUAUGACCAAGCGAGAGGCAAAAUUCGUUAAGCCCACGCUACGGAGCUUGAACGACCGGAAGAACGUUGUCUUCGCCAACAAUGAAGAGGUUGCCCUCGUUAAUAAAGUCUUAAAUGCCCUGGAACAGGAUCCGGAAUUUUUUAUUGAAUGCCAAAUCAGUGAAGACAAAAGGUAAAUUGUUUCAAUACUUUUAUUUAGCUUCCAGUAUUACGGCAUGCAUUAGAACAUUUAUAAU